GAAGGAAUGCUUCCCACUGAAGCUGUUGACGACGUGGUUUAAACUGAAAUGAAACGAGUGGUUUAGUAAUAUGUGCUGCCUCUUAUACUGGAAAGUGUCGAAAUACCUUUUUGACGUGCACUACAACAACCAACAUCGCCCCUAAUGAAAGCGAGGCAGUGUAAACACAACUCCAGGAACAUGAAAAGAUCGGGUGACAGUGAGGGGGAGAAGAGAAGAAAGAGGCGUAGGCUACUGCAGGAGUUGGGAGAUCAGAAGAUCCCCUUUCUGGGACCUGCAGAUCGAGGCUUUCAGCAACUGUGGGAUUCCAGUUACUCUGGCCUGGUGUUGAGGAGAUCAUGCUCGCUGCCUGCUGAGCUGCACGGCCGUGUGCAGGCAGCUCUGCUCACCCUCAGGAAAAAGGGCUGCCUCCUGAAAGAUCUGGUUCGAGUUCGUGACCGAGAUGUUUUCACUGCCGUGUCACGAGCACUAAUAGGUGAACCGGGCCACACCUAUCGCUAUCUGGACACACGGCUUUUCGCUAUACCCUGGCACAGUGAGGACACUGAGGUCAAAGGACAAAACUGUUGUGAGCCUGAUUUGAGAGCUGCUUGCAAGGCAUUGUGGGAGCUUAACACCUUCUUCUGCUCUGAUGUGUCUCAGCUGAAGGAAGGAGACAGGCUAACGCAAUGUGCAAAAGCAGAGGCAGAGGCGAAACUUGGUGAAGAGGGGGAAACAGAGUCAAAACACAGUGAAGACUCAAAGAACAGUGAAGGAGGGGACUCAGAGUCCAGACAAAGCGAGGAGGGGGACACAGAGUCCAAGCACAGUGAGGAGUGGGACAUUGAGUCAAAGCACAGUGAAGAAGGCUGCUCUGGGUCAAAACAAGAAGGGGAGUGGGAGACAGAGUUUAAACACAGUAGCGAGGAGGGAGAGUCCUCUCAAGUCAAACAAAGUGAAACUAGUGCUGCAGGAGCUGCAGAACACACUGAAGGAAAAUGCUCCGGCUGGCCUGACGAGGCCGUCAGCGGCACAGAACCUGAACCUGUGGGACUAGAGGCCCAGGAGAAGCAUGUGGCUCAGCAAAAGCACAGCCUGUCAUAUUACCACAUUCAGGAUAAAGAGGAACGUGCAAGUGGGCAGGGCUGUUCCCAGCCCAGUCCUAAGCAGGUAUGCACUGGUCCAGUCAAGUUCAAUGUCACCUUACUCAACUACAUGGACCCAUCCCAAAUGAGCCAGCUCAAAGAGGAGCCAUACUAUGGCAUGGGGAAAAUGGCAGUAGGGUGGCACCAUGAUGAGAACCUGAUCACUCAUUCGCCAGUUGCUGUUUACAACUAUAGUUGUCAUGAUGACAAAGGUGAGGGUGGUGAAGGAGGCAGCGCUGAAAGGGCAUGCUGGAGGAUUGGGCUCAAAGUAGCCUGGGACAUCCACACACCUGGCCUGAUGCUACCGCUGGAGUCUGGAGACUGCUAUUACAUGAGAGAUGACCUGAACAGCACCCACCAGCAUUGUGUCCUUGCUGGAGACACGGCACGCUUCAGCUCCACGCACAGAGUGGCCGAGUGUUCCAGUGGAACCUUGAGCUACAUCCAGUCACGGUGCCAAGAGGCCCUGUCCAACCUGCACACUGACCCCGAGACAGGCUCCCAUAGCCUGCUGACCCUGCAGCCGGCAAUUCUACAGCAUUGUGAGGAGAUUCACAAUGAGGUUGAAUUCGAAUGGCUACGACAGUACUGGUUUCAGGGCCAGCGUUACGCCCGCUUCUGUAGCUGGUGGACCAGACCAAUGGAGCAACUGGAAAAGGACUGGAAGCUCAUGGAGACCAUGACAAUGCUUUUCCUGGCUACAGUGGAGGAGGAAGGCCAAGCAGGGGAGGGUAGAAGGGAGAUGGCAGAAACCCUGCUGUCUGCUUUGACAGACAGACACCAGCAAAGACAGACAUGGAGAGACAGGUGCCACUCGAGUCUGGCCCAGACAUUACCCCCUGAGGAGGCUCCAGUGGACCGACCCUUUUGGGGUGUGGAUGACCCCAGCAUGCCUCUGCCCUUUGAUCUGGCUGACAUCAUCAACAGAGUGGAGUCGCUGCUCUGGAGGAUGUGAAGGAUUCAUGGAGGAAGUGAA